CCGGCGGCCGCGCCACGGCGGGGCUGCGACUGGCGGCGGCGGGGUCCGGGCCGGGGGCGCGGCGCGGGGCAGGAUGUCGCGGUCCGUGCUUCAGCCGAGCCAGCAGAAGCUGGCGGAGAAGCUGACCAUCCUAAACGACCGGGGCGUCGGCAUGCUCACCCGGCUCUACAACAUCAAGAAGGCAUGUGGUGACCCCAAAGCCAAACCAUCCUAUCUUAUUGACAAAAACCUGGAAUCUGCCGUCAAAUUCAUUGUCAGGAAGUUUCCAGCAGUAGAAACACGUAACAACAACCAACAGCUUGCUCAGCUACAGAAAGAGAAAUCAGAGAUUUUGAAGAACCUGGCAUUAUACUACUUCACGUUUGUUGAUGUUAUGGAAUUUAAGGACCAUGUUUGUGAGCUGCUGAACACUAUUGAUGUUUGCCAAGUCUUCUUUGAUAUUACUGUAAACUUUGAUUUAACGAAGAACUACCUAGAUUUGAUUAUAACCUACACAACACUAAUGAUACUGUUGUCUCGAAUUGAAGAAAGGAAGGCUAUCAUUGGAUUGUAUAACUAUGCUCAUGAAAUGACACAUGGAGCGAGUGACAGAGAAUAUCCACGCCUUGGCCAGAUGAUUGUGGACUAUGAAAAUCCUUUAAAGAAAAUGAUGGAGGAAUUUGUACCUCACAGUAAAUCCCUUUCGGAUGCUCUGAUUUCACUCCAGAUGGUCUAUCCUCGAAGAAAUCUCUCAGCUGACCAGUGGAGAAACGCACAACUACUGAGCCUCAUCAGUGCACCUAGUACAAUGCUUAAUCCUGCACAAUCUGACACAAUGCCAUGUGAAUACCUCUCUCUGGAUGCAAUGGAGAAAUGGAUUAUUUUUGGAUUUAUUUUGUGCCAUGGAGUCCUGAAUAGUGAUGCGACAGCUUUGAACCUUUGGAAACUUGCACUUCAAAGCAGCUCCUGCUUGGCUCUGUUUAGAGAUGAAGUAUUUCAUAUUCACAAAGCUGCGGAAGACCUAUUUGUAAACAUACGAGGCUACAACAAGCGUAUUAACGACAUCAGAGAGUGUAAAGAAGCUGCUGUUUCACAUGCCGGUUCGAUGCAUAGAGAGAGACGCAAGUUUUUACGUUCUGCACUCAAAGAGCUGGCUACUGUCCUGUCUGAUCAGCCAGGCCUGCUAGGACCCAAGGCGCUUUUUGUAUUUAUGGCAUUAUCCUUUGCUCGUGAUGAAAUUAUUUGGCUUCUUCGUCACGCAGAUAAUAUGCCGAAGAAGAGUGCAGAUGAUUUCAUAGAUAAGCACAUAGCUGAGCUAAUAUUCUACAUGGAGGAGCUCAGAGCACAUGUGCGAAAAUACGGACCCGUGAUGCAGAGAUACUAUGUACAGUAUCUCUCUGGCUUUGAUGCAGUGGUCUUAAAUGAGCUUGUUCAGAAUCUUUCAGUGUGCCCAGAGGAUGAAUCAAUCAUCAUGUCCUCUUUUGUAAACACUAUGACUUCACUGAGCGUGAAGCAAGUUGAAGAUGGAGAGGUAUUUGACUUCAGAGGAAUGAGAUUAGAUUGGUUUAGAUUGCAGGCCUACACCAGUGUCUCAAAAGCUUCUCUUGGUCUGGCAGACCAUAGAGAGCUAGGAAAAAUGAUGAACACAAUCAUUUUCCACACAAAAAUGGUAGAUUCUUUGGUGGAGAUGUUGGUUGAAACCUCAGAUCUUUCUAUAUUUUGUUUUUAUAGUCGUGCUUUUGAGAAGAUGUUUCAGCAGUGUUUGGAGCUUCCCUCUCAGUCAAGAUACUCAAUUGCAUUCCCACUGCUUUGUACUCAUUUUAUGAGCUGCACCCACGAACUAUGCCCAGAAGAGCGGCAUCACAUUGGAGAUCGUAGUCUUUCCUUAUGUAACAUGUUUCUGGAUGAAAUGGCGAAGCAAGCUCGAAAUCUUAUCACAGAUAUUUGCACAGAACAAUGUACGCUGAGUGAUCAAUUGCUGCCAAAGCAUUGUGCCAAAACCAUCAGUCAAGCAGUGAACAAAAAAUCGAAAAAACAGACGGGAAAGAAAGGAGAACCUGAAAGGGAGAAACCAGGAGUAGAAAGCAUGAGAAAAAACAGAUUGGUUGUGACAAACCUGGACAAACUGCACACUGCACUUUCUGAGCUCUGCUUCUCAAUCAAUUACGUACCAAACAUGGUGGUUUGGGAACACACGUUUACCCCAAGAGAAUAUUUAACAUCUCACCUGGAAAUCCGCUUUACCAAGUCAAUUGUCGGAAUGACUAUGUAUAAUCAAGCAACACAGGAGAUUGCAAAGCCUUCAGAGCUGUUGACCAGCGUACGAGCCUAUAUGACGGUCCUCCAGUCAAUAGAAAACUAUGUACAGAUUGACAUUACGCGAGUAUUUAACAAUGUUCUGCUUCAGCAAACCCAGCAUUUAGAUAGUCAUGGUGAGCCAACCAUUACCAGUCUGUACACAAAUUGGUAUUUGGAAACAUUGCUAAGGCAAGUCAGCAACGGUCACAUAGCCUAUUUUCCAGCUAUGAAGGCUUUUGUGAAUUUGCCAACAGAAAAUGAAUUAACGUUUAACGCUGAGGAAUACUCCGACAUAUCAGAAAUGAGAGCCCUUUCUGAACUCCUGGGACCAUACGGCAUGAAGUUCCUAAGUGAAAGUCUGAUGUGGCACAUUUCUUCACAGGUUGCUGAGCUUAAGAAACUUGUGGUGGAGAACGUUGAAGUUCUGACUCAAAUGAGGACCAGCUUCGACAAGCCAGACCAGAUGGCAGCACUCUUCAAAAGAUUAUCAUCUGUUGACAGUGUUUUGAAGAGAAUGACGAUUAUCGGUGUAAUCUUGUCUUUCCGGUCGUUGGCACAGGAAGCACUUAGAGAUGUCUUAUCCUACCACAUUCCUUUCCUUGUAAGUUCCAUUGAGGACUUCAAAGAUCACAUUCCAAGAGAGACUGACAUGAAGGUGGCAAUGAAUGUAUAUGAACUGUCAUCAGCUGCUGGAUUGCCUUGCGAGAUUGAUCCUGCCUUGGUUGUAGCACUGUCCUCCCAAAAAUCAGAAAACAUUAGUCCAGAAGAAGAAUACAAAAUUGCUUGCCUUCUCAUGGUCUUCGUGGCAGUCUCCUUGCCAACUUUGGCUAGUAAUGUGAUGUCUCAGUAUAGCCCUGCCAUUGAAGGGCAUUGCAACAACAUUCAUUGCUUGGCAAAAGCUAUCAACCAGAUUGCUGCAGCUUUAUUUACCAUUCACAAGGGAAGCAUCGAAGACCGUCUAAAAGAAUUUUUGGCUCUUGCAUCAUCUAGUCUACUGAAGAUCGGCCAGGAGACGGACAAAACUACUACAAGGAACAGAGAGUCAGUUUACCUACUUCUGGACAUGAUUGUGCAGGAGUCUCCGUUCCUGACGAUGGAUCUCCUGGAGUCUUGUUUCCCUUACGUCUUGCUGAGAAACGCGUACCAUGCUGUCUACAAACAAAGCGUCACAUCCUCUGCCUAAGUAUCUACUUCCUGGAGAUAAGACAUAGCACGCAUCUAUGUGGCCUCAGUUUUACCUGUAAACUGUGGAGCUAUUUUACUUUAUGGCCUGAUGAACAGUUUUGUGGAUUAUAAACAUUUUCCAUAAAGUUGUAUUUCUGAUCAGUGGUUUCUUAAUAUGGUUGUACUACAGUAUCAGCUUGGUUGAUUUUAGGUUGCACAUUCAUGGAAAAUCUUUUUUCUCCUUUCUUCCUUUUUUUUUUAAUUUUUAGAGCAUCAGUUACGUUUAAAAAAAUAUACUACUUCUGCUAUAUGUUUUUGAUAUUGAUCAUGCAAAACAGAAAUUGCUUGUUUAUUUCCCAGAAGAAAAAUGUAUUUAGUGAUUAUUUUAGAUAGUGUAGCUUUCAUCUGUGUGUAAAUUAUUUCAUAUAGGGAGAGUUAUAAUCUUGUACCUAUUGUUCUUAUUGAAAACAAAUAUUGGAUGUGCAUUUCUGUGAAGUAACUACAGCAUUUCUAGUUUUAUUUUGAAACAUUCACCGAUCUAUGUACUAUGACACUAUCUAACAUUAAAAAUGUUACCCUUCAGACGGCGAUCCUCUCCCGAUACUCUUGAACAACAGCAAGUGGUGUUGUUUUGUAUAAAGCAUAGUGGAAAUUUUUUUUAAACUAACUUCUGUGGUGCCCUGUUGGCAUUAACACUACCAUUGUACCCUGCUGUAUAAUAAACAUUCUUUACACAUUUAUCACAUGUUGAUAAAAUGUUAGCCCUUAACCACUUUUUAUAUGUUUUAAAUUUUUGAAAUUCAAGUGUACCUUCCAUAACAUACAAUAAACACUAGACUGUACUAUCUGUAGGUGAAUUAUUUUUAAUAUAAAUGUUAUCCUAGUAUUUUAAGUUUAAGCUGUGCUGUGGUGCAUUGAUUUACAUCUCAGAGUUCAUUAAAUAUCAAUCCUUAGA